AUGGUGUCCUGGAGAAAGCCGUUCAGCGGCGGCGGCGGCGAGAACGUUGUCACGGCCGAUAACGCGAGCCAGAUCUCCGAUGGAAGUAUCACUUACAUCGGAGAAAAGGGAGGCAACAAUGCUGCUGCUACGUACCAAGAGGCAUCUGGAGCACCAGUCGAGAGUAAUUCGCCUCUGGGCUACGCUGUCGGGCCUAUCACCAUUCUGCUAAUGAACAUCAGCAUGAUGAUAGGCACUGGAAUCUACUCAACGCCCUCCGCUAUAUUGUCAGGUACUGGGUCUGUCGGUCUGAGCUUUAUCUAUUGGACAAUCGGCUUCUUGGUUUGCAUCGCUUCAGGAUCAGUAUAUCUCGAAUUCACAGCGUACUUUCCCAGCCGCUCCGGAUCCGAAGUGGUAUUCCUCGAACAAGCCUAUCCACGACCGAUGUGGUUCUUCCCGACAACUUUCGCUGUUCAGAAUGUCAUACUUUCAUUCGCCAGUAGCAAUGCCAUUGUGUUGGCAAACUAUUUGUUUGCCAUUUCCGGCAAAGAGGGUACCGACUGGCAGGUGAAAGGUGUCGCAUUGGCCGGCUACACAAUUGCCACUCUAUCUUUGAUCUUCAACACGAAGUUCUCAUACUACUUGUCCAAUGCGAUUGGGCUCGUCAAGAUCGCAACGCUGCUAUUCGUUAUCGUGACUGGAUUCGUUGUCCUGGGUGGCAACACUAAGAUUGAAAAUCCUACAGCGAAUUUUCAGAACUCCUUUCACGGUACCGAAGCCGCGACGGCUUACGGCUUGACCAAUGCGCUGUACAGGAUCAUCUUUUCAUACGGCGGAUAUAACAAUGCCUUCAAUGUCGUUAAUGAAGUCAAGAACCCGGUCAAGUCGCUCCGGAAGUAUGCGUUUCUGGCCCUUUUUGUUGUCUACGUGCUCUACAUGUUUGCAAACGUGGCGUUCUUCGCCGCAGUGUCCAAAUAUGACCUUGAGAAUUCGGGUACCACGGUUGCGACAUUGUUCUUUAGAGCUGUAUUCGGAGAUAGCGGAGCGGUGCGUGGACUGAACUUCUUAGUCGCCCUGAGCGCCUUUGGAAACAUUAUUGCAAGCGCCUUGGGCUCAUCGCGGAUGAUACGGGAAUGCGGCAGACAAGGAGUCCUUCCGUGGACCAAAUUUUGGGUGACGACCAGACCGUUUGGGACCCCAAUUGGACCUUACUUCGUGAAGUGGGCACUCACUGCCUUGAUGAUACUUGCUUUACCAUCAGGAGACGCCUUUAAUUUUGUGAGCGAUCUCGCUGUUCUGCCGACAGCUGCCUUCAACCUGGCGAUGGCUGUCGGUCUAUAUGCUGUGCGGUGGAGACGCAGGCGAGCAAACUUGCCGCCUCCCGAGUUUCGGACAUGGCAACCUGUUGUUGUUUUCAACAUUUUGGUGCAACUCUACCUGCUCGUCAUGCCUUGGUACCCUCCAGAGGGAGGCCAGUACGCCGGCGACGUGAGCUUCUGGUACGCUACUUACGUUGUCACUGGCAUUGGAAUUCUCAUUGCUUGUGGCACUUACUACUGGGUCUGGGCGAAAUUGAUUCCUAAGUGGAAAGGAUAUCAACUACGACAAGAAGUCAUCAAGCUGGACAACGGAGCGCAGACUCAUGAGAUCAAGAAGAUACCUAAUGCCGAAUUGGCGGAGUUCGAUGCGACCCAUGACGCCGCAGGCCGUUUAAAGGUUACGCCCGGUGAAGUGCAUGAUCAGGAGAAGCUCGGCAGCGGCUCUGAGGACGGUGAGGCCGAAGACGCGAGGCAGCAGGCUUGA